AUGCGGCUUCGGCCAUCACCUACUCAUGAGGUUACCGAUGCGGCUCGUUUUUCCAACGAUACUCACAGGAAUCCAAUCGCGAUCAACACUGACAGUGGCACAAACAAUCAAGUAUCGUUUUACACUAAACAUGAGGAACCUCCAUACGCCGUUCUUCUAGUGCAGUCCUUACCUUCUUCUUACAACAUCACGCUCCCCGUCUCUACCUGUCUCAGUAUCACUGAGAAUACAGAUCUUAGUGCCAGAGAGAACCCCAUUUGCCCUGAUGGCCAGAAACUUUACACCCUGCUCUUCAACACAGCCUAUUGUGUCGGUCAACCUCAACAUACAGUGGAAGGAGCGGAUAAGUUGCUUAGAGGAGGUCUCUGGAUACCCACUGACCCCAUAAGAUGGAUUGAGAAUUGGUCCAUUAUGUACAAAUGUGCUCGCACCGAAAGAGAUAUGCUAAAUAGCCUCGCAGAGACAAUUGGUCAUCAAACUCUAGACGCUCGCCGCAUUCGAACUAUGGUGUAUCCUAUUAUCAACGAUAAUGAAGUGGGUCUCACUUGGGAUCCUCCAUCGGCAGGCAUUCUUGGUCCGCAAGUAGGCAAGCUUACCGAGGGGUUCUAUCUUUGGUCCUCUUCUUCGGAAUAUGCUAACAUCACCCGUCUCGUGCGUUCACUCAAAUGCCCUGUACGCCAAAAGCCAUACAUGCACCUUUUUACUCAAAGUGGAUGUCGUGGUAAAUAUGUUCUCUCUGAUAGUUUUGGAUGGAAUGUUACGCUUUUUGAUGAAGUCGUGGAGGAGUGGUCGAUUUUGUUUACAUGCUCCGACUAUGAGUACGCAGCAGGAGACAGAGAGCCGGCGAUUGAGAAAAUGCAAGAAUUGAAAUUUGGGGACGUAGAAGAAGAAAUAGCCGCCAUAGAAUCACUCCUCACAAAACUUAAACUCCCCGAACCACAUCAAAUAUCUGCCAUUCCACAAAACGCAACUCUCGCAAUAACUCGAGCAUUCCAACCACAAAUUUUCCAAAUUCCACUCUCAACCUGUCUGUCAUCCACUUCAGAUACCCACAUAUUCUUCUCCUUUGUCCGCAUCGUCACCCCACCUACAUGUCCACCAGAACUACCAGAAUUAUGGACAUUGAUAUAUGCCAAGCCAGGCUGUCUUGACCUUCUUCGCUUCUCGCCUACGGAGCCCAGCUACCCGCUGUACAAGUCGCUGUUCGAAAAUAUUUCUAGGGCUAAUCCAAGGGUAGAUGGCUGGUCACUGGGGUUUGUAUGCCAUCCGGCGCAUUUUGAUGGUCGUGUCGAUGCUAGAGACUGGAAGAUGAUAACGGAAGUGGAUUUGAUUUUGGAAGGAAAAGGGACGAAGGAUGUUGCUUUGAGAGUUGUGAGGGCUGGGGCUGGCGAAAGGAGGGAAGAGGGGUUAACAGAAGGUGUGCAGCUCGAAAGCCAGAUGAAAAUAGAAGCAGCAGCGCAAAACCGCUCAAAGACGUGUGAAAGUUACACAAUCUGA